AUGAUGUCUGAGGAUCCCGAACAUCUGUUAGUCGUGUAUGAUGACCACUCAGAUCAACGCUCCUUAUCAUUAGAUGAAACAAGUAGCACAGAAGAAUCACCAAACGAAACCAAACUAUCCUUAGAAACAACAAACGACACCAUUCCAUACAUCGGGCAACGAUUCGCUACACACGACACCGCAUACGAAUUCUACAGCGAAUUCGCCAAACAAUGCGGUUUUUCAAUCCGUCGCCAUCGCACCGAAGGUAAAGAUGGUGUCGGGAAAGGUCUUACGCGACGCUAUUUUGUCUGCCAUAGAGCGGGCAACACUCCUGUCAAAACUCUAAAUGAAAAUAAACCACAAAGAAACCGAAAGUCCUCAAGAUGUGGAUGUCAAGCUUAUAUGCGUAUAAGCAAGACCACUGAGUUAGGUGCACCUGAGUGGCGGGUAACCGGGUUUUCAAAUCAUCAUAACCAUGAACUUUUGGAGCCUAAUCAAGUUCGGUUUUUACCCGCGUAUCGGACGAUAUCAGAUGUUGAUAAAAACCGGAUAUUAAUGUUUGCAAAAACCGGGAUCUCAGUGCAACAAAUGAUGAGGCUUUUGGAGCUUGAGAAAUGUGUGGAACCGGGGUACCUUCCGUUUACUGAAAAAGAUGUGAGGAAUUUGAUACAAUCGUUUAGGAAGGUGGAUUUGGAGGAUGAGAGUAUUGAUUUAUUGAGAAUGUGUAGGAAUAUUAAAGAUAAAGAUCCUAAUUUUCGGUUUGAAUUUAAGCUUGAUGCAAAUGGGAGGCUGGAGAAUAUUGCGUGGUCGUAUGCGUCAUCGGUUCAGUCAUAUGAAGUGUUUGGUGAUGCGGUUGUGUUUGAUACAACACAUCGUUUGAAUGCUUUUGAUAUGCCACUUGGCAUUUGGGUUGGAAUGAAUAAUUAUGGUAUGCCUUGCUUUUUUGGAUGUGCACUUUUGCGUGAGGAAAACUUGAAGUCGUAUUCAUGGGCUUUGAAGGCGUUUUUGGCGUUUAUGAAUGGGAAGGUCCCACAGACAAUAUUAACAGACCAAACAUUAUGUGUAAGAGAAGCAAUCGCAGCCGAAAUGCCUGCUGCUAAACACGCUUAUUGCAUCUGGCUAAUAGUGGCAAAGUUUCCAUCUUGGUUUAAUGCUGUGUUGGGUGAACGAUAUAACGAGUGGAAAAAUGAAUUUUAUAGACUUUAUAAUUUGGAGUCGAUUGAAGAUUUUGAAAUGGGUUGGAGAGACAUGGUUAAUUUGUUUGGGCUCCACACUAAUCGCCACAUCAACACGUUGUUUGCCUCAAGAAGUCUUUGGGCUUUGCCUUAUUUGAGAAGCCAUUUUUUUGCGGGAAUGACAACAGCUGGACACUCAAAAGCUAUCAAUGCUUUCAUCCAACGAUUCUUGAGUGCCCAAACUCGACUUGCACACUUCAUUGAACAAGUAGCUGUUGCUGUGGACUUCAAAGAUCAAGCAGGUGAACAACAAACAAUGCAACAAAACCUCCAAAACAUCUGCUUAAAAACCGGAGCUCCAAUGGAAUCCCAUGCAGCUUCAAUCCUAACACCUUUCGCAUUCUCAAAGCUCCAAGAACAACUAGUAAUGGCAGCUCAUUACGCAUCAUUCCAACUCGAAGACGGGUUCCUAGUUAGACACCACACGAAACUCGAAGGAGGGAGAAAAGUCUACUGGGUCCCACGUGAAGGCCACAUCAGCUGUAGCUGCCAUCACUUUGAGUUCUCGGGAAUCCUUUGUAGGCAUGCCCUUCGAGUUUUGUCAACCGGGAAUUGCUUUCAGAUUCCGGAAAGGUAUAUGCCACUUAGAUGGAGACGUGUUAAUGCAUCCGUGAAGGUUUUUCAGAAUAGUUUGAGUGAUCAUGGGGAGAGAGUGAGAUUAUUGGAAGGAAUGGUGUCGAAUCUUGUGGCGGAAUCGGCUAAGUCCAAGGAUCGGCUCGAUAUGGCGAUGGAACAUGUUUCGGUUUUGUUGGAACGGAUUAGAGAGCACCCGAUUCCGGUUCCGGUUCCGGCUUCACGGUAUGCGAGAAAUGAUGUUUUUACAUAGGGUUGUAAUGUAGAGUGUUGCUUUUUUAGUUCAUAUUUUUAGAAGCCAUGUAGAAAUAGGAAAAAACUUUUGAGAUUGUUGCUUUUUGUGGAUUGUUCAUCGGAGGUUUUGUUGCAUUCGUUACUCUAUGUUGUCACCAUUUUGUUCCAAAAUCCUUAUCUUAACAACGUCGAC